GACGUUUCUACUUUGUAACUGUCAUGUUGGACUUGGAAUUUUAGGUUUAAUUUUUACUUCAUAAUAUUAAUUGUGAUUGUGAAUGUGUUGUUUUUUAUUGAGUUUUGUAGAAUGGCAGAAGAGGAGUUGCCUUCAGAUCAUUUCGAUAAUAGUAGAGGAGAUAAUAAUUCUGACCAGGAGCCACUAUCACAUUUACAGUUAGAUUUAGGGGAUGAUUCUUCCCAUAGCAAUCCCAAUAGGUUAGGAAACUUGAAUACUGGAACAUCAGGUUCUAAUAAUACAUUAUCAGAAGGCCAAAAACGCGAAGACAACCCAUUCUCCUUCAAACAUUUUCUUCGUAGUGAUUCAAGUGGUAGCAACAAUUAUCAAAGUAAAGGAGCCAGACCUAAAGUAUAUCAAGAAAGUCGCACAUCUUCAACCGAUUUUGGGAGUCAUAGUCCCGAAAAUAAACCACCAUCACGAAUAGCACCAGAAUUAUCUGCAGGCUUACCAGAUUUUGUACAAGAUCAUCUAGUCAUCGAACAGUGUUAUUUGGGAAAUCCUUCAAAUAACAACUAUAAAUUGGAAAUCAACAAUUUACCUGAUUUCACACCUACCAGAGGAAAGAGAAAUAGUUAUAGUGAUACAAGGAACUCUAAGGACAGGGAUACGGAAGAUGUUGAGAUUAGGACAGUUCCAUUGGAUUUACCAAUAAGGUCACAAGGUGCCUUUCCUUUGGACUUACCAGUCAAUAGUUCUGCAGGAAGUAGUGGGCCAAGGAAUGGUCUGACAGUUAGUGAGGUUGGAAAUUCCAAGAGCUUACCAGACUUCCUCACCGACAGCGCUGUCUGUUCUCAAAUAAGUGAAACCCUGUCAGUCCCACACAGCCCUGAAGGUGAAGUUGAACGUUUGAGACAUGAACUCGAAAUCACCAAAUCACAAUUAGAAGAUAAAAGUAGAUUGUGUGAAUGUCUUAGUAGAGAGUUGGAGAUAGCAAGAAAUAAGGAGCAUGAAUAUACUCAGAAUCUUGCCAAGGCACUGGAGAUGGUGGAGGAUAAUUUAGAAAAAAGUAAUAGGAGAGCGUUGGUUGCAGAAAAUACCGUUCUGAAACUGAAAGAAGAGGUCAAAUCUCUGUCAAAUCGAAUUAAUUCCUUGAAAGUGGAAAAUCAGAGCUUGAAAGGUGAUGAGGCUGCAGGAGGCCAUGGAUUAUAUGCAUCGAAUGAAUUGCAUUCACAUAGAUUAGCACACGAGCUUCGGGCUGCUGCCAGUACUGCGGAGCAUUCGUUAAGACAAUUACUUACUGGGGUUGACAAUUUACGAGUUAUGGCUGCGACCCUAGAAAACAUGCAUCGGAUAGAGGAGAAAAAUGACCGUUUCUCGAACUUCGAUGAAGACGCUGGUCCCGCGCUUUAGUGCAAAUUUCAUGACCAUUUUUUAGUUUUAUUUUAUUGAUUGUACAUAUUAAUGAUUUUAUUUAUUAUACUGUUGAAUUAGAAAAAGAAUUCUACUUGUGAUUUUAUUCGAAUAAGGAUGGCUGAGUUUGAUAGUAUCAAGUGUAUUUUUUUCUUUUAAAAAUGUGAUGGUUUUGUAUGUAGGUAUAUGAAUUGAAUUGUAUGGAAAAAAUAUGGUUUUGUUAUAUUCAUUGUUGUAAGUAUUAUCAGUAUUUGUCUACUGUACAAUGUAUACAAGGACAAAAAAUUUAUUUUAUC